AUGCCCGGGCCAAUUGCCGCAGAGAAUGUCAAGACUACGGUAAAUGGGAAUAGCACCCCUUUCCAAAUUUACCAUUCGUGGCCUUCUCAAAAGUCAGAAUGCAAGCAAUUUGACGACUUUUGCUGGAUCGACCUGGCCCACGUGGUCAUGUUGGUCGAACAGAAGACGGUUGAUAGGGCUGUUGGACAAAAGCUACUGCCAGCCCUGCAAGAUAUUCGGGCCCAGGGCUACAGCAGACUCCCUAUUGACCCAUACAAGGAGAGUCUCUUGUAUCAAGUCGAGUCCGCCCUUGGCCAAAAACUCGGCGAUCAUGUCGCUGGCGCCUUGCACACAGCGCGUAGCCGCAUCGACCAGCGCGCCACCGUCGGUCGAAUGCACUACAGAAGAGUAUUGCUUCAAGUCAUGGACCACAUUUGCCAGUUUCAGGAGAGCCUCGUCGAGGCUGCGCAAGAGCAUGCGUCCAUCAUCAUCCCCUACCAUACGCAUAUGCAGCAGGCACAGCCAGGCAACUUUGCACACUACCUGCUGUCGUUUGCGGCCAAGCUCCAAGAAGACUUUGAGCGUUGUCAAGAAGCAUAUAAUCGCGUCAAUCGCAAUCCUCUUGGAACGGUGGGAAGAAGUGGAACGGGCUUGAAGAUUGAUCGUGAGAGAACCACACAGUUGCUGGGAUUCGACAGCUGCGUCAAGCACUCCCUCUUGGGCAAAGAUGCCGACUUUGCAGCCGACAUUGUGGCGGCACUCUCUUUCGUCAUGUACCAUCUAAACGAUUUUGCUACAGAUUUGCACUUGUGGUCCAGCAACGAGUUUGGAUUCGUGCAGCUCCCAGACACGUUUUGUGGCACGAGCAGCAUCUUUCCCCAAAAGCGCAACCCAGUCACUCUCGAGACGAUCAAGCUAGCUGCCGGACCCAGCGUUGCUUGGCUGAGCUCUACUCUGGCCACCUUUCGCGGUGCCGGAACCGGUGAUCACAGGGUGCAUGGGAUCCCGGCGCACCUGGACCAAGCGCUGGAGACUACAUCAGACAUGCUGAUUCUAGCUGGCCUGGUCGCGUCCGAGGUCAAAGUCAACGAUGCGCGGGUAAAGGACGUCCUGGGCCAGAGCUGGUCGACAACGAGCAACCUGGCCGACUUUCUCAUGCAGCACAGAGGUCUUUCCAUCCGCCAAGCGCACGGCGUCGUGGCGCGCCUCGUCCGCACGUGUCGAGACACGGGCUUGAGCAGAGCGCAAGUCACGCCAGAGAUGCUCCAAGAGGCAAGCCUCGUCUCUUUGGGGCAGGAUGUCGAGAUGAGCGAGCAAGACUUGCACGAGGCUCUGGACCCGGAGAGCUUUGUCAAGACGCGCACAAGUGCAGGCAGUGUUGGCCCUGCCGAGAUUCAUAGCCUCACCGAGUUGGCACAGGACAUGCUGUUGGAUAACCGACGAUGGGUUAUGCAAUGUCGCAGCAAGCAUUUAAGAGCGGAGAAGACACUUGUAGAGGCUAUUGCUGCUGUUUUGAAGGAUUGA